CUGAAUUGACGGACGACGGACGAUCGGUCCAGGACGAGUUUUGUAUAUUUCUCAUCGUUGAUUAAGGCUGUGUUUUUAAAUAUCAAAAAUUACAAAAAGAAUUGUUAAAGAAAAUAAACAUCAAUAUUUAUUAUUAUUGUGUAUAUAUAAGGCAGGAUGCAUCGUCGACGAGGUCCAAAUUUCACCUACGUUAGUGGCUGUGUGAAAUAUAUGAUUUUUGUUUUGAAUUUUAUUUUUUGGCUGUUCGGCGGUUUACUGAUUGGCGUUGGACUUUACGCGUUUAUCGACAAAUGGCAGGCGACAGGUCUCAUAAAGCUUGACACAGUGUACGAUGUGAUGCUGAACAUAAGCCUGCUGAUCGCGUUGCUCGGUGGCGUGGUAUUCAUCGUGAGCUUCGCUGGCUGCAUUGGAGCGUUGCGGGAGAACACGUGCCUCUUGAAAUUUUAUUCCCUCUGUCUGCUCAUACUAUUCCUGGUGGAAAUGGGAGGGGCAGUCUGCGGUUUCGUCUUCCCCCGUUCGUUGCACGGUCUCCUUGAACUGAGCUUCACUGAACGUGUCGUGCAUGCGUAUAGAGAUGACCCAGAUUUGCAGAACUUUAUUGAUUUCGCUCAAAGUGACUUUCAUUGCUGCGGACUGACAUCUGACGGCUACAUGGACUGGUCCAAGAACGAGUACUUCAACUGCUCAUCACCGUCCGUGGAACGUUGUGGAGUACCGUUUUCCUGUUGCAUCAACGCUACAGAUAUUAGUUCGGGUCUCGUCAACAUUAUGUGUGGCUAUGGCGUACAGAACUUUCCCGUCGCCGAAGCCAGCAAACGUGUUUGGACAAGUGGAUGUAUAGAAAUCGUCCGAUCCUGGGCGGAGAGGAACCUGUACACGAUCGCCUCAGCAGCACUAGGAGUCGCUCUCUCGCAACUCUUCGUCAUAUACCUCGCCAAGACUCUGGAGGGUCAAAUUGAAUUGCAGAAAGCCAGGUGGCAAACAUGAAAUAGGGGUGCAGCGGGCGCUUAUAGGGACGAGUGCCGGCGUGCGCUGCUGUAGCCGGGACUCGAACCCGCACCGCCGCGUACGGCGCCCGCUGCGCUGCACAUGUAGACUCGUUACAGGCCGGACGGACUGUGCCAUUCCAAAACUAUCCAGUGAUUUCAGUGUCGAUAUAACCAGUGUUGUUUGAGCUUUACUCGACUGACAGUUGUAUCCGAACGUUUAUUCUUUAAGGGGUGAUCGGUUAGACGAUUCUCUGUCUUCUUCUCUUGAAUGUCAUAUCGUUGAUGAUUGAGAGAGAUAGAUGUAUUUAACUGAACACUCGCUUAACGAAAUUGAUUAGUAAUGUUACUUUGGCGAAAGUGAAGGUGUUAUAUAAGUGUUGUUAUAAUUUUAAUUAUAAAAAAAUAGCUUGAUUAACACUAAGGUUAG